AUCACACCACUCGUUAAUACCAGCCUACGCUGCGUUUUCGCAGGCAGCAAGCAGCUCAAAGUCGCAGUUCGCAUCGUUGCUGAGGCAGCGUUGUCAGCUCACUCUCUCAUGGCUCGUCCUCAUCGCCUGACACGACCGCAUAUACGCAGCCUCGACGCCGCGACGUCGGGACGCCUCGACGCUGACCAGAACCAGCACUUUCUCGCCAGCCGUGUGUGACCCUUCACUCUUUCAGCGCUAGCGUCUGAUCUUGACCAUGAUGGAGCCCUGUCGCUCCCGCCCGUAUCUUCCGCAGGCUAGUCGCAAUGACGCCCGUCACGCCAGCUGAAAGCACAUCACCCGUCGUGGCUCGCAACGGCUCGCUCGACAAGACUCGCACCGCCUCGUGGGGUAAGACUCGCAACGCUUCAUCGGGCAAGCCUCGCGCCAAGGGUCGCUGCUCGUCGCUGCCUUUGCCUGCCGCUCUCGCCGAGCGCAAUGCUGCCUUGCCCAAGCUUAGCUCUUCGGACAUGGCCUGGCUCUUGCAUCUCCCACCUCAGCCUGCCUAUCCCGCUGUGCCAGCUCCUACCCACCCUUCCCGUGAAUGGGCGUUUCAAGCCAGCGAGUGCGCCGACUGGCAUCUCAUGGCCAGCGACUUGCUACGCCGUCGGGCGGACGCAGAGGAGGAUCGGGCUGCCAAGCACGACGAAGUGAUGAGGCGAGGGGAAACGACGCCUGGAUAUUCGGUUUGGCUGGCCAAGAUCCCCAAGCCUUCUACCGACAAGAGGGGCCUAUGCGUGUACGAGGGCGACGUUCCCGCUAAGAGGGAGGCUGACGGCGAGAAUGGUCGCGAGACGGAGCUCAAGAAGCGCAGGCACUGAACAGGUCGAGUGUUGUUGCAGUACAGCGCGUCAAUCUCGAGCAGAGGACGUAUAGGCGCGCCCUUGUAGCCGCAAGUCUGUGUAGUUGCGGUUGCAGUCUCGAAAUACCAGCUGCGUGCGAAGCGCUCUCUAAGCC